CGCAAUCAUCGCAGACUCUCUCUUACGCGACUUUCUCAGAUUUGUUCAUCCCCCAAGACAACAUUGACCUCAAUUUUAAGUGUUUCCUCAGAAUGUGAUACAACGCCAUCAACUCGUCGUCUGUGAGCGCGGAGUAUAUAGAAGAAAACCGCUAGGGUAUAUAUAAUAUAGCGCGGAAAUCUUAUACAUUUAAAGCUGUUAGCCAAAAUAGAUUUCCUGUGGGUUUUUUUUUAUUUCGACGUAUUUAAUUUUGCUAUAUUUUUUUUCUUUUUGGAAUAAAAUGUAUACGUAUGUACCAAGAGCUCAACGCCAGAGGUCUCCCAAUCGCCCGUUACUAUAAAUACGGGCCUGCCCGGCUUGGGGAUUUGUAAAAAAACUUGAGCCACUUUGUCCGUUGACAAACAAGCAGCCAACAACACGUUCUUCUUUUCUCUUGUCUUUUUAAAAGCAAAUUACAGUUUUGUAAUCGGUAAGCAAGUUUGCGACGACAUAACCCAGUUAAACCACACAACACAGUUUCGGUUUCCCGAAGGACGUCGUUGUAUCAAUAUAACCGGUGUGCCAUUAGUUAAUUUGAAAAGUCUUUUUUUGGUGAAAAUGAUGGAAACGACUGGUGCCGAAAUCGACAUGGCCUCGCUGAAAUCUGCCUUGACGACCAGUUCACUGAGUCAACAGAUGCUCUCGUUGGCCAGCAGUACGUUCCGACUGGCCGCAACAGCGCUGACCCGCCUCCAGCAGCAGCAGCAACAGGAGCAAUGGCAGACGGAAUUGGCCAGUUUGGCCCACCUGCCGGAAUAUUCGCUGCAACAGGUUUCGUGGCACGACCGACCCGACGACUGCUGGAUCGUCCUCAACGACAAAGUUUACAACGUCACCAAACUGGUCGACGGACAUCCGGGCGGAAUGGAAGUCAUGAUGGAACAGGCCGGACGCGACGCCACUUCCGCCUUCCGCUCCGUCGGCCACUCCAUCGACGCCAUCGAGCAGGUCGACGAAUUCCUGGUCGGAAUCUUGCCCGAAAAGGAGCGGAUGUACCUGCGCUCCCGUAAAUGACCAUGAAAUAUACUCUUCCGGCUUCCGGACCCACAAAAUCUUAGGAAAUAAGAGAAACAUUUCUUGUCGAUUGAAUCCUAUAGUGUAUUAUGACAUUCUGAGAUUUUGUUGCUAAUUUAUUUACUAACCCCAACUGUGAUAAUUUUGUUAAUCCAAUCCUUUGCCAUGAUUAAACGAUUAUUUGGUUAAAAUUACUCUAGUUAUCAUAUUUUAUUUCUUUUUUGGGUGAGGUCACUAGAAUUUUAAAGCCUCAUGAAGGGCGGGUGGGUUGGUUGGACAUUAAUUAAAAAAAAUAUUCGCAUAUUUAACUUUCUUCUGUGGACAGGUCGGGACAGGUAGACUGUGUUAUUAUGUAACGGAUACACGCAUCAGCGAAAUGGCGCCACCGUCACGGAACUAGACCCGAGAACUAAGAACUUCAAUAUUUUUAAAUCGACAAUACAAAUGAAAUGAAUUACAGUUUAUAAUAAAUUUCUUUUGAAUAAUACGCGUUAAAUGAUCCAUAAUCCAAAUUUAUCUAAACAAUUUCAAGAUUAACAGUUUAUGAGCACGAAAUUUUUACUAAAUCGUUGGCUUUUCGCUCUGCUGAUUAACACUGUCAUCCGAUGAAGUUAUAAGUAGAUAUGACUUUCAUGUUCCGACGUACUAUCUCUUUCUCACUGCAGAACAAAUUAACUACAAAAAUGUCUCUGUGUGAAUCAAACGACAACCAGAACAGUAAAAGAUCGCAUGUCAAAGACACAUGUUGUCUUAUAACCGUUUCCUUCUUGCUGGCCAUCCUACCAACUGGCGUCAGCCUGCUACUCGCACAACUUGUACCAAAGAAUCCUGCUACCAUAGCACUGUUUAACACUCUCCACUUUUUGAGUCCAGGCUUUAAUUCGGCAGGCUGGCUGCCUUUUAUAGUCUCACUUGUGCCUUUGGGGAUGUCGUACAACCACUCGAAAUCCCCGAUCCCAAACCCGAAUGCACUAUACAUCCAAAUUUUAACACAAAGUUCCCCAUUGGAUUCGUUCCGACAAAUGCAGCAAAAGCUGCUCGCCAUAAAAGGUUAUGUCAUGUUGAAGAUUUAUUUGGCAAUUCCAGCCGAUCUGUACGAGGCCUGUAUGGGCAAAACCUACCGACAGCUUAUCUUGGAAACGAAUUAUUUGACUGGAAAUGUAUUGAAUGAAAAUGUCAGAUGUAACGAGCUUGAUGUCGAUCGUGAAAUUGCACUUUUGGUGGGUUGUGGUUCCGCAAAGGAAUUCUCUCGCGAAUGCGAAACAUUCCAAAACAAAUUUACAUUUACCUACAAAAAAAAUAUGAACUUGAUCAUUCCCAUAGUCAAGUGGCUUCUAGUUGUGAUCUGGAUCACAUCAGUCACUGAUUUAUCUGAUGCUUUGGCAACCGACAUUCCUUUAGAUAGGAUACUCUCCUUAUGGCUCGCCAUUUUUUUCUUCUACGUGGGCAGAUCAUUCGCCGACAUUUACGGGCAAGAGGAAUACUUUUUCGAAAUCAUUGAAAAAAAUGUGAGCGUCAAGGAAUUUUAUAAGAUGAAAGACGAAGAACUGGAUUUAACUCUGGCCAAUCUGGCCAAUCGCUUGGUAUUUUACUAGCGGGAAAUUUGAGUUGAAGACACAAGACCGGAGAGAAAGAAGAAAACGGGAAGAGGGAGACCGGAAGUACCGAAAUAAACCGCCCGAAAGGAACUGAAAUCAAAGGAGCUGUCAGUCACCCAUCUCUGAUAAUUUGGUUACAAUAAACCCACCAUAAUUUAGUUACAAUAAACCCCCCAUCGUAUGAAAUGGAAAAAGUAGGUGAAUGUAUAAAAAUCGAGUUGAGAAAUGAUCUUUCUUGGGCGCGGAAGACAACAGAAUGUAUUAAGAGACUGGGCUUGGAUGGCGUAAUUUUAAGUGUUCCUGAUCUGCAUGAAAACAUUAAUUUAAAAGCGUCACAUUUUUUUAAUGAGCAUUUUUACAGAUUUUGUGCUGCAGAAUCUGAUGUGAAAUUCAAUCGUUCUAGUCAAGCACAUGUAACCGUUCCGUUGGUUCUAAUUGCGCGACUUUCACCGUUGGUUUUGUACGAGUGAUAUUAUUCUUUAAGUGGUAUUAUUCAUUUAAAUUUAGAGUUACAGCAUUCUCGGUAGACAUCCAGGAUUGCUUUCACCAUUUACAUGAAAUGGUGUAGACUGUAGAAAUCCUGCUAUGAAUAAAUCGUUAUUCAUUAACUGAACAUUACUGAGUAAUAUUUAUUCAACGUUAUUCAACCGAAUGCUGUAGAGGUUUGCUUAAUUAAAAAUUAAUUCGUCUUUUGAACCAUUCAACCCUGUUUCACUGGCCGAUGAAAUAGGCGGUUACAUCCUGACUGCCAAUAUGAAUUGACGGGAGGAUGGCGAAAUAUUUCAAUUUGACGCGCUUUACCGCCUAUGCAUUGAAAAUGUUCAUUUUGCAGAAUCGCCCAUACUUGAAUGAAUCACAAGUUUUGGAGAAGAACUCUGGGGAUUCUUAAUUCUUUUACUAUUAAUUUUUUUGUUAUUGCCCAAAGCACACCAAGUACCCCCAGGUCAAUCAAUGUAAAUAAUGUGGUUUUCGCCAUCUAGCGAGAGUCGAACACAAGUGAAAUUACGAAUAUUCAAAAGUUUCAGUUGCGUCACGAUCUCCGUCAUUUUACGCCAAUCACAGCCAUCAAUUUGAUCCAUUUUCAAUCAGUUCAUUGCGAUGUAGAGCUCUGUCGUCGUUUGGCCAGUCAAUGGCAAUAUCAAAAAUCUCACGUCCCCGCGAAAUUUUGUUUUUGUUUUUUUUUUGCUUUUGUUUACUUGCGUAAGCCACAAUCAAAUAUUUCAAUUAACAAUAAACCCAAUAUGAAAAAAUCGGUUGAAUUUUAUUCAUUGUCUUUUUUACGGGCAACAACACACAAAACAUAAGACAAGUGCACACAUUCGGGUAGGGUCAAACUGAAUU